AUGGCUGGAUCUCAUUCUUCCGAGUUUCAUUUGAGAUUAUCCAAUGUUGAAGGUUUCUUUCUACAGGAUGAACCGACAACUGAUCCUAGUAGCUUUGACUAUGUCAAAUCCAACUUUGGUCUCAUCUCUCGUAGCUACGGCUCUGAUUCUGAGUCGGACCCAACUGGUCAAAAAACGCAAUGGGAGCGAUUCGCGGAUCAAAUCAACGCAUUGAACCGCGAUAGUCCGCCAGGCACCUCCUACAGAGUCCUCUACCUUGGCCGACACGGUGAAGGGUUCCAUAAUGUUGCCGAGCAGCGAUACGGAACCGACUUGUGGGAUUGUUACUGGUCCCUUCAAGACGGCGACGAAAAUGGAACCUGGGUUGAUUCUCGUCUUACUGCGGUUGGUAUAUCGCAGGCAGAAACCGCGCACAAGGCAUGGGAGAAGCAGAUUGAGCAGAAUAUCCCCCCUCCGCAGUCUUACUACGUGAGUCCGAUGAAUCGGUGUCUCGCUACGGCGACUGUUACUUUCAAGGGGUUGAAGAUGCCGCUUACGGAGCCUUUCCAGCCUACCAUUAAAGAACUCCUCCGCGAAACAAUAGGCCUGCACACCUGUGACAAACGCUCCCCCAAAUCCACCAUCGAAGCCGAAUACCCGCUCUUCAAAAUCGAGCCUAGCUUCAGCGAAGAAGACCCCCUAUACGACUCUAAACUCCGCGAAUCCAACACCGCCCGUGAUGCACGGUUACUCGAAUUCCUGCGCCAUAUCUUCGCCACGGAUGCGAAUACGUUCAUCUCGCUUACUGCGCAUUCUGGUGCGAUCACGAGUAUCCUGGAGGUAAUUGGGCAUCGUGAGUUUGCGCUUGCCACGGGUGGGGUUAUUCCUGUUGUUGUUAAGGUGGAGAGGGUGGCUGGGCCUGCGCCGGUGAGGAAGAUUGAUCCGUGGGAACAGGCACCUGUGUGUAAGGUUGAUCCUAAGGUUAAGGGGGUUGUGGGGAGUACCGUGGAGGUUUUGGCGGAGGUGUAG